CUACUACUUCCGGUUAACAUAACCGAGAUUAUUUCAGGUGACUUCUCGAGAAAUCUGUCACAGCUCAGCUGAGUCCACAUUAAACUGUCCACGAUGUCUGGUGACGAAAUGAUUGUUUUCUUUGACCUGGAGACCACUGGAUUAGACACUAAAGUGUGUGACAUCAUCCAGUUGUCGGCCAUCCAUGAAAAUAAAGACUUUAACGUCUACAUCCUCCCCAGCUGCCCCAUCCAUGAGAGAGCCUCAGAGGUGAAUGGCUUCACGGUCGGGGAUGGCCGCCUGCUUUUAAACGGGACCCCUGUGGACACAGUCCCUCUUGUUGAUGCUCUCACCUCCUUCAUCGACUUCCUUCGCUCCUUCCAUCGCCCCGUGCUGCUGGCGGCCCACAAUGCAAAGGGGUUUGAUGCACCCUUGCUCCAAAGAGUGCUGCGACAGUUCUCCCUCUACACAGAGUUCCAGCAGGUGGUGUCUGGGUUUGUGGAUACCUUACCGCUAAGCAGGAACCUCCAUCCUGAUCUGCCCAGUUAUUCUCAGGUGAAUCUGGUCCAGCACUUCCUGGGAAAGACCUACAACGCCCAUGAUGCAUUGGAGGAUGCCAGCAUACUGCAGGAGCUGUUCAACUCAUGGAGUCCCAGCAAUGAAAGCAUUAAACUGUCCACGAUGUCUGGUGACGAAAUGAUUGUUUUCUUUGACCUGGAGACCACUGGAUUAGACACUAAAGUGUGUGACAUCAUCCAGUUGUCGGCCAUCCAUGAAGAUAGAGACUUUAACGUCUACAUCCUCCCCAGCCGCCCCAUCCAUGAGAGAGCCUCAGAGGUGAAUGGCUUCACGGUCGGGGAUGGCCGCCUGCUUUUAAACGGGACCCCUGUGGACACAGUCCCUCUUGUUGAUGCUCUCACCUCCUUCAUCGACUUCCUUCGCUCCUUCCAGCGUCCCGUGCUGCUGGCGGCCCACAAUGCAGAGCAGUUUGAUGCACCCUUGCUCCAAAGAGUGCUGCGACAGUUCUCCCUCUACACAGAGUUCCAGCAGGUGGUGUCUGGGUUUGUGGAUACCUUACCGCUAAGCAGGAACCUCCAUCCUGAUCUGCCCAGUUAUUCUCAGGUGAAUCUGGUCCAGCACUUCCUGGGAAAGACCUACAACGCCCAUGAUGCAUUGGAGGACGCCAGGCAUACUGCAGGAGCUGUUCAACUCAUGGAGUCCCAGCAAUGA